AACGUUAUGUACUCUUAAUUCUUUUUUAGAUUUGAUGAAGUCAUCGAAGGCAAGAUUCCACGAGAUGGAAUAACAGUGAUGUAUGAUGUAAAGGACAGAAAAUCGGUAAAUAAGAUACAGGAUAUACAUACGGACUCAGUAUUCCGUCAUUAUAUGGAGCAUAAGAAGAUCCUCGACAUAGUUGAGUGUUUUACGGGACCAAACAUCUUGGCGAUUCAUAGUAUGCUCAUCGCAAAACCACCCGAUGUAGGAUUUGGAAGUUCGAAGCACCCGCCGCAUCAAGACCUGUAUUACUUUCCGUUCCGACCAGCCGAUCGUAUAGUAGCUGCAUGGACAGCCAUGGAACCCUGCGAUAAUGUAAACGGAUGUCUCUACGUAUCGCCUGGAACACACAUUGUAGGGAACUUGUUCCCGCAUGAUUAUCCUGAGGGAGCGGUGAACAAGUUUUAUCAUGGCAUACAAAAUUUGCCUACGGCGUUCAAUCGUUGGGUGAAUCUCGAGAUGCAACCCGGCGACACGGUAUUCUUCCAUCCGUUGCUCAUUCACGGAUCCGGCAUUAACAAAUCCCAGAGAACAAGACGGGCAAUUUCCUGUCAUUACGCAGCAGCCGAAUGUAAUAUUAUUGAUGACGAUCCACUUCAGGACACCAUCAGGAAUGAGGUUUUAGAGUUAAUGAAGAAAAAAUAUCCUACCAUACAGAUGACAUACUCGGACAUAUGGCGCUUCAAAUCCUCGCUCGUGCGUGGUCUUCAAUCCUCUUAUUAAAAAUAGUUGUACAUCAAACUAUUGAUUUAUAUUGUAUCACGACGGCUAUUAUUUUAUGAUGGUAAUAAUUAGAUAACGUUAGCAUAA